AUGCUGGCAGCAGGAGCCUGGGAAGAGGAAUACUGGGGAAAGGGGAGCCUGGAGCUCAUUGUAGAGGGCCCUGAAUGCCACGCUCAGGCGCAAGCACAGCCUCUCCUGACCACUCUGGGGUCUUUCUUCUGUCUGUCCCCAGCCUCUGGCCGCUCCCACCCGGCCAGCCCCAGUCCUCCGGGGCCGCAGGCCAGCCCGGUGCUGCCGAUCAGCUACCGCCUGUCACACACGCGGCUGGCCUUCUUCCUGCGGGAGGCGCGGCGCACGCCUCCCAUGGUCACCAACGGCUCCCUGCAGCGCUCCGAGCCCUUCGUGGUGUUCCAGACCAAGGAGCUGCCCGUCCUCAAUGUCUCCCUGGGACCCUUCAGCACCAGCCAGGUGGUGGCCCGGGAGCUCCUGCAGCCGUCCAGCACCCUGGACAUCCCCGAGCGCCUGACGGUCAGCUGGAAGGUGCGAGCCUUCAUCGUCCGCCCCCGCGUGCCUGCCUCGCAGCCCGUGGCCCAGGUGCUGUUCUACGUGGCCGGCCGGGACUGGGAUGACUUCGGCGUCACCGAGCGGCUGCCCUGCGUCCGCCUGCACGCCUUCCGGGAUGCCCGGGAGGUCAAGAGCUCCUGCCGCCUCAGCGGGGGUCUGGCCACCUGUCUCGUGCGGGCCGAGCUGCCCCUGGCUUGGUUCGGGCCCCCGGCCCCGGCCGCACCACCCACUGCCCGCCGCAAGUCUCCAGAUGGGCUGGAGCCCGAGGCGACAGGGGAGAGUCAGCAAGCCGAGCUCUACUACACUCUCCAUGCCCCGGAUGCAUCGGGAGGCUGUGGAGGAACACGGCGGGGUGCCGGGCCCGGCGGCGGGGCCCGGGCCGAGAGCCCGACCCAGCACCCCCUGCUGCGCAUCGGGAGCAUCAGCCUGUUCCGCCCGCCCCCCAGAAGGACCCUGCAGGAGCACAGGCUGGACGGCAACCUGGUGAUCCGCCUGCCUGACCGGCCCCUCAAGCCCGGGGAAGUGCUCAGCAUCCUCCUCUACCUGGCCCCCAACUCCUCCUCUCCCUCCAGCCCCAGCGUGGAGCACUUCACUCUCAGGGUGAAGGCCAAGAAGGGCGUGACCCUUCUAGGAACCAAGUCACGGAGUGGCCAGUGGCACGUGACCUCGGAGCUGCUGACUGGGGCAAAGCAUUCAACAGCCACCGUGGAUGUGUCCUGGGCCCAGGGCACACCGCUGCCCCUCUGGGAGGACCAGGGGCCCCUGGAGAUCCUGCAGCUGGACUUUGAGAUGGAGAACUUCACCAGCCAGUCAGUCAAGCGGAGGAUCAUGUGGCACAUCGACUACCGCGGCCACGGUGCCCUGCCUGACCUGGAGCGGGCUGUCACCGAGCUGACGGUCAUCCAGCGGGAUGUGCAGGCCAUCCUGCCCCUGGCCAUGGACACAGAGAUCAUCAACACAGCCAUCCUGACUGGCCGGACGGUGGCCAUCCCUGUCAAGGUCAUUGCCAUCGAGGUGACCGGCCUUGUCCUAGAUGUCUCUGCCCUGGUGGAAUGCGAAUCUGACAAUGAGGACAUCAUCAAGGUAUCCAGCAGCUGUGACUACGUGUUUGUUAGCGGAAAGGAGUCUCGCGGUUCCAUGAACGCCAGGGUCACCUUCCGCUACGACGUCCUCAAUGCCCCCCUGGAAAUGACAGUCUGGGUGCCCAAGCUGCCCCUGCACAUUGAGCUCUCGGAUGCCCGCCUCAGCCAAGUGAAGGGCUGGAGGGUACCUAUCUUUCCUGACCGGAGAUCAGCCCGGGAGAGCGAGGACGAGGACGAGGAGGAGGAGGAGCGCCGGCAGAGCGCGAGCCGCGGCUGCACCCUGCAGUACCAGCACGCCACCCUGCAGGUUUUCACCCAGUUCCACACGACGUCAUCGGAGGGCACUGACCAGGUGGUCACCAUGCUGGGCCCAGACUGGCUGGUGGAGGUCACCGACCUGGUCAGCGACUUCAUGCGGGUGGGUGACCCCCGAGUGGCACGCAUGGUAGACGGCAGCACGCUGGCGGGGCUGGAGCCAGGCACCACGCCCUUCAAGGUGGUUUCCCCUCUGACGGAGUCCGUGCUUGGGGAGACACUGCUGACGGUGACAGAGGAGAAGGUCAGCAUCACACAGCUGCAGGCCCAGGUGGUGGCCAGCCUCACCCUGUCCCUGCGGCCCAGCCCUGGGAGCAGCCACACCAUCGUGGCCACCACGGCCGCCCAGCAGACCCUCAGCUUCCUCAAGCAGGAAGCCCUCCUGAGCCUCUGGCUCUCCUACAGUGACGGUACCACGGCCCCACUCUCCCUCUACAGCCCCCGGGACUAUGGGCUGCUGGUGAGCAGUCUGGAUGAGCGCGUGGCCACAGUGACCCAGGACCGGGCCUUCCCACUGGUGGUGGCUGAGGCCGAGGGGGCUGGGGAGCUGCUCCGUGCGGAGCUCACCAUCGCCGAGAGCUGCCAGAAAACCAAGCGCAAGAGUGUGCUGGCCACGACCCCUGUAGGCCUGCGGGUGCACUUUGGGCGGGAAGAGGGGGACCCCACCUACGACUACCCCGGCCCCAGCCAGCCAGGGCCCGGCGGGGGCGAGGACGAGGCCCAGGGAGCUGGCCCGCCGGGCACUGCCGGAUCCCCGCCCGAGGCCGUGGGCCCGGGCACCGCCAGCCCGGCGGUGCCACCCACAGAAGAUUUCCUGCCACUGCCCACCGGCUUCCUGCAGAUGCCGAGGGGGCUGACGGACCUGGAGAUCGGCAUGUACGCGCUGCUGGGCGUCUUCUGCCUCGCCAUCCUGGUCUUCCUCAUCAACUGCAUCGUCUUCGUGCUGCGCUACCGGCACAAGCGCAUCCCGCCCGAGGGCCAGACCAGCAUGGACCACUCUCACCACUGGGUGUUCCUGGGCAAUGGGCAGCCGCUGCGGGGGCAGGGGGAGCUGUCGCCACCCGCCAACAACCCGAUGGAGACCGUGCCCGCCUGCUGCCACGGCGACCACCACAGCAGCGGCAGCUCGCAGACCAGCGUCCAGAGCCAGGUGCACGGGCGGGGCGACGGCUCCUCGGGCGGCUCGGCCCGGGACCAGGCCGAAGACCCCGCCAGCUCACCCACCUCCAAGCGCAAGCGGGUCAAGUUUACCACCUUCACGACGCUGCCCUCGGAGGAGCUGGCCUAUGACUCGGUGCCCGCCGGCGAAGAGGAUGAGGAGGACGAAGAGGACCUGGGAUGGGGCUGCCCAGAUGUGGCGGGCGCCGCGCGGCCCACUCAGCCCCCUGACCUGCACAAUUACAUGCGCAGAAUCAAAGAGAUUGCGUAGGAGUGCCGUCCCCUGCCCGCCACGUCGUGGGCGCUGCGUGGGACCCAGCCGGGACCCAGUUCACACUUGACGUGGGCCGGCUGAAGUGGAACUUGUACUCCGGCCCCUGCAGCUUUGCUCCUCCCAGACGGCCACCUCCUUGCCUCACACCUUACCCUCCUCCGCCCCAGAGGUGGAGGUGCCUUCCUCCUGGAGCUUGCUAAGAGGAAAGCAAUCCCAGCCUUUGUUCUACCCUUUCCAACCCUCCUCCCGUCUUAGACAACCCCCCUGCCCCAAGACGGGGGCAAGGAGGCCAAGCUUGGGCCGGGGGUCCUCACAAUGCCCCGCCCCAUCCCCCCAUGUCCCCUGCUUCCCCCCCGUGUGGGGGACUCUGGGGGGUCUUGUGUCACAAGCUGCACAAAGACUUUUCUCAAACCACUAUUCAGGGAUUUCUGUCCUGCAGGGUGGGGAGGCGGCGGCAGCUGUCUGCCCUGCCAAGGAUCUUGCUGUGGACAAAACAUUUGGGGGGCAGGGGAUAUUUGUAGCAUCUGCUGGCUUCUGGGUGCCCCCCAGUCCCUUCC